UACCAUUUGUUUGUGUAUAGAAUUUUAAAAGCGAUUUCUUCGAAGCGCCCCUAGGAAAGAAAAUAGAAACAAAUAUCAAUGUUUUGGAUACUCCUACAGUAGCGUACGCUCGUACGAUUUACGGAUAUUUUUUUUCCCCGCUGGCCGUUAUUUUUUAAAGGCACAAGUUUAUAAGUGAUAUUUCGCAAAUAUGGCACAAUUUCAUAAUUAAAAUGACUACAUUAGUACAAAGACAGCGUUCGCGUAGGCGAUUAGCUGCUCUGAGUUUUCUCUCGAAUAUAUCGCUAGACGGUACUCACAGGGAUACUAAAUUGGGACUUUUAAAUCUUAAUAUUAAGAGUAUACAUUCGAAGGAAAACGAAAGUAAAGAAUAUGACUACACGAAAAAGAGUGUUAGACGACGAGAGGAAAAACUGGAAACGUCCAAUUCUAUGGAGAUUCCUGUUCAUCCAAGCAGCCCGAAAUGUAGAGAUAGAAGACAUAGUUUUAUGUGUGAAACUAGAACUAAAAUUACCACAGUAUCACAGAGACGAAAGAGUCUUCUUCGACAAAGAUCUACUCAAGAGUCUCUUCCUUCUUACAAUAGCAUGGAAAGUAUAGUGUGUCUACCACAUAACAGGAAACCAUCUACUUCAUUAUCAGAAUCAUCUUGUCCUGGUGUUUUGGAAAUUCAUUAUAUUACUACUCCAAGCGAACAGCCAAUACAUGAUGAGAGAGUAGUAUUGGUGUCUUCCAGAAAAGCUCCAAUGGUGAUUUUUUCUUCAUUAUCAUCUUAUACUCGUAGAAAUUCCCAAAAUUUAACCAAGUAA